AUGCUCCCACCGGAAACGCGCACUCACUCGCCCGUCCGGAAGCCUCUCAAGCGUGGCUUCUCCCUAGUGCCCGAGCGUUUCACUGAUACCCAAUUAGCUGCCCUUCGAAACCGACGCGUGGCCCGCGAGAGCCUUAGUGUUAUUGGAGCACUGAUUUGCGAGCGUUUGCUCAAAAUACUUGCGAUUGCUCUCGUGAUAAUCAGUCUUCCCUUCUCCCUCCUCGCCUGCCUGCGAGUGAUUCCUCAGUAUGAGCGAGCAGUCAUUUUCCGUCUCGGACGACUCAUUUCCAGUUCUGCGCUGGGCCCUGGGCUCAUCUUCAAGCUCCCAUUUCUCGAUCGAAUGCGUCGGGUAGAUCUACGAACCUUCACCUUUGACGUGCCAACCCAGGAGGUUCUCACUAAGGACUCAGUCACCGUAGCGGUUGAAGCCGUUGUCUACUAUCGCAUUUUCGAUCCUGUUAUGUCAGUAGUGAAUGUAGAGAAUGCAAAUCGUUCCACGCGUCUGUUGGCUCAGACAACAUUGCGUAAUGUUCUCGGCACAGUGGACCUCUAUGCUCUUCUCACCGACCGAGAGGAAAUAGCUGCGAUGAUGCAGGAGACGCUAGACACCGCAACGGACACCUGGGGUGUGAAGGUGGAACGUGUAGAAAUAAAGGACGUCCGUCUGCCCCUCCAGCUACAACGCGCGAUGGCGGCGGAAGCGGAGGCCACGCGGGAGGCUCGAGCAAAGGUGAUUGCAGCUAAGGGCGAGGAAGACGCCUCCAAGUCGUUGAAGGCUGCAGCGAUGGAGAUCUCUGCCUGUCCGAUCGCCCUACAGCUGCGCUACCUUCAGACUCUGGCGGGGAUUUCUGCGGAGAAGAACUCCACCAUCGUCUUUCCCUUGCCCAUUGAUUUGUUGAACCUUUUCCGAGGUCUGGGAGAGGGUGGAGGAUCGUUUCUCUCAGGUCUGAAUGGCUUGUCCCACACCCAACGAUCCCACUUGACUCGAGAGGCGACCGUCUCCACGCUAAACUCACACCGCUUGCUCUCUGGUCAGAACUUUGUAUAG